AUGGCUUCUCUAGGUGCCUCGCUGACUGGCUGCAUGUUGACACUGCCCUUGCCGGGUGGGCAAGGCUUGGGGCUGGAGAAUGGAAUCCGCGUCUUCAGGACGCUGGCCUUCGUGGCACAGAGACGAGACAAGGCAGUCAUCAAUGGCAAGAGCCCGGAUUCGGGGCUCACCCGCCUGGAGCCAAGCCCCGCUUCCCCAUUUACCUGCCGAGAAGCUGCAGACCAGAGCAGCUCGGAGAGGAGGAAGGAGAAGUCCCGGGAUGCAGCAAGGUCCCGGAGAAGCAAGGAGACGGAGGUCUUCUAUGAGCUGGCCCACGAGCUGCCCUUGCCUCACAGUGUGAGCUCCCACCUGGACAAGGCCUCCAUCAUGCGGCUGGCCAUCAGCUUCCUGCGAACGCACAAGCUCCUGUCCUCAGUUUGCUCUGAAAAUGAGUCUGAAGCUGAGGCUGACCAGCAGAUGGACAACCUGUACUUAAAAGCCUUGGAGGGUUUCAUUGCUGUGGUGACCCAAGAUGGAGACAUGAUCUUUCUGUCGGAAAACGUCAGCAAGUUCAUGGGACUCACACAGGUGGAGUUAACAGGACACAGUAUCUUUGACUUUACUCAUCCCUGUGACCAUGAGGAGAUCCGUGAGAACCUGAGUCUCAAAGAUGGCUCUGGUUUCGGGAAGAAAAGCAAAGACAUGUCCACAGACCGGGACUUCUUCAUGAGGAUGAAGUGCACAGUCACCAACCGAGGCCGCACCGUCAACCUCAAGUCGGCCACCUGGAAGGUCUUGCACUGCACUGGCCAGGUGAAGGUCUACAACAACUGCCCCCCUCACGGCGGUCUCUGUGGCUACAAGGAGCCCCUGCUCUCCUGCCUGAUCAUCAUGUGUGAGCCCAUCCAGCACCCAUCGCACAUGGACAUCCCUCUAGACAGCAGGACCUUCCUGAGCCGCCAUAGCAUGGACAUGAAGUUCACCUACUGCGACGACAAAAUCACAGAACUGAUUGGUUACCACCCAGAGGAGCUGCUUGGCCGCUCAGCCUAUGAGUUCUACCAUGCACUGGACUCAGAGAACAUGACCAAAAGUCACCAGAACCUGUGCACCAAAGGUCAGGUGGUGAGUGGCCAAUACCGGAUGCUGGCGAAGCAUGGGGGCUACGUAUGGCUGGAGACGCAGGGGACAGUCAUCUACAACCCACGCAACCUGCAGCCCCAGUGCAUCAUGUGUGUGAACUACGUCCUGAGUGAAAUUGAGAAGAACGACGUGGUGUUCUCCAUGGACCAGACUGAGUCCCUGUUCAAGCCGCACCUGACUGGCAUGAACAGCAUCUUCGAGAGCAGUGGCGAGGUGGCUGUGUCUGAGAAGAGCCACUUCCUGUUCACCAAGCUGAAGGAGGAGCCGGAGGAGCUGGCCCAGCUGGCGCCCACUGCAGGGGAUGCCAUCAUUUCUCUGGAUUUCGGGAACCAGAACUUUGAGGAGUCAUCAGCCUUUGGUGAGACCAUCCUGGCCCCCAACCAGCCCUGGGCUGAGGAGUUGAGGAGCCACAUUGCCCAGAAUGAGGCCGGGAGCCUGCCCGCCUUUACCAUGCCCCAGGUGGCUGCCCCAGGGAACACCAGCCCCAGUGCCACCAGCAGCAGCAGCUGCUCCACGCCCAGCAGCCCUGAGGACUAUUACACGUCUCUGAAUGAUGAUCUGAAGAUGGAAGUGAUUGAGAAACUCUUUGCCAUGGAUACAGAGGCAAAGGACCAGUGUGGCACCCAGCUGGAUUUCAAUGAGCUGGACUUGGAGACACUGGCGCCCUACAUCCCCAUGGACGGGGAAGACUUCCAGCUGAGUCCCAUCUGCCCCGAGGAGAAGCUCGCGCCCGAGAACCCUCAGUUCGUCCCCCAGCACUGCUUCAGCACCAUGAUGAACAUCUUCCAGCCACUGGCGCCCAUGGCCUCUCACGGCCCCUUCCUCCUGGACAAGUAUCAGCAGCAGCUGGAGAGCAAGAAGAUAGAGCCCGAGCACCAGCCCAUGUCCUCCCUCUUUUUUGAUGGUGGGAGCAAGGUGUCCCUGCCAUCGUGCUGUGGCCAGGCCAGCACCCCUCUCUCUUCCUUGGGGGGUAGAUUCGACACACAGUGGCCCCCCGACCCACCAUUCCAUUUCACGCCCACAAAGUGGGCUGGUGGAGAUCAGCAUGCCGAGGCCUUGGGGGCAUCACCGUUGGGGACCCCAGUCACCUUGCCGCCUCUCUCCAUGUUCAAGAAGAGGCCUCAGGCCCCGGAUGCGAUGAGCCCGGCCAUGGUAGCCCUCUCCAACAAGCUGAAGCUGAAGCGACAGCUGGAGUAUGACGAGGAAGCCUUCCAAGACAUGAGUGGGGGGGACCCUCCAGGAAGCACCCCUUCACAUUUGAUGUGGAAAAGAAUGAAGAGCCUCAGGGACUGUGGGAACUACCCUUCGAUGCCUGACCAGCAGCUGAGUGCGAAUGUCCCCAGGGAUGAGUUCACCCAAAACCCCAUCAGUGGCUCUAGUCAGCCUCUGAGACACCUGCCACCACCACAGCCACCGUCGGCCAUGGGCCCCGAGGAGAACGCCAAGAGCAGUUUCGCCCCGCAGUGUUGCGCUUUUCAGUACCAGGACUACAGCCUGCCAUCGGCUCAGAAGGCGGCAGGUAUGGCAAGCCGGCUGCUCGGGCCCUCGUUUGAGCCCUACCUGCUGCCCGAGUUGACCAGAUAUGACUGCGAGGUGAAUGUUCCCGUGCCAGGAAGCUCCACGCUCCUGCAAGGAGGGGACCUUCUCAGAGCCCUGGACCAGGCCACCUGAACCAGGGCCUUCGGCCGGGGCUGGCAUCCCUGCCAUGCCAUCUGCCACCUUCACUCUCUACAUCUAUUUUUGCAACUAGGUAUCUCUAACACCAACACACUUUUUACAAGAUGUACUUACCUGGCAGACUUGCCCAGGUUACCAAGUAAUGGCCUUUUUCUGAAGACACGUAAUUAUCCAUAUUUUUGAAAUACACAGUUGUUUUACCUGCUGUUUUACUCUGUCAAUCAAAAUGUUCUUAAAUUUUGUAAGAUUUUUCCCCAACUUCAAUUACUUAUAAUUUAUAUUAUCCAUAGGCCUCUCUUAUGCACACACAAUAUUCAUACUAACAAGUUGGGUGUAUGUUUGUUCUACUGUAGGGAAAGCUUUGGCUUCACUGAACUAAAAAGAUUUUGUUGUUGUUGCCAAAGAGAAACAAAAUAAUUUUGUUUUCCAAGCUUGAUUUGUGGCCUUGCCCUCUCAUGGCCCUUCUCUUUUCUUUUUUAAAACUAAUCACCAUAUUGUAAAUUUUAGCCUUUUUUUAAAAGACAACUCUUUGCUCUAAUUUUGAUGACUUUUGGGGAAAAAAAAAAAGAAAUGUGAAGGGUGAACUCCAGUGUAUGUGCUUAUCCGUGAAAGUUGUACAGUGAGGCUUUUCCUAAACUGUUUGGUGUUUCCCACCCCCCGCAUUCGGUGGAUUGUUUUUUAAUUAUUAUUAUUCAAAACCAUUAACUGAGCUUUUUUUAAAUUUAUAUCUGGGUUAAGUGUUUAUCAUAUAUAUGGGUACUUUGUAAUAUCUAAAAACUUAGAAACGGAAAUGGAAUCCUGCUCACAAAAUCACUUUAAGAUCUUUUCCAGGCUGGUCAUUUCCUUCUUCCUGCUGGCACUGCAGAACUGCACGGCGCUCCCACGGGCCUGUGCUGACACUGCUCAAGGGUCCUCUGGGGGCUUUUGCUUUGGGGUCUGCCAUAGGGUGACAAACAAUCUAAGGAGUGGAAUCAUUAAGCGGGAGCGUUGCAAGCUGUCUUUUCCUCAUGUUCUAUAUGUAUUAUGUAUGUAUGUAUAUAUUUUUAUUGCUGCCAAGAGGGUCUGAUGGCACAUCAUGGGGUAGGGGUGUGGGAGUGGGCCAAUCUAAGGGACAGGAAGUGCUUUAACUUUUCUUAAGGUCUUGUUGCUAGCCCUUCAAGUGCACUGAGCUAUGUGACUCUACUGGGCUUUCACGUGGCACAUUUGGAUAUUUCCAGAACUACCGUGAGAUGGUUUAGAUGGGAAUUCAUGAGAGAAAGGAAGGAUUCAGGAACGGGGCAGUGACCCAGCCCAUGUCCUCCCAGCUUACCACCGCAGAGCACAUGGAGCUGGACCGAGCGGGUGCAGAACGUGGGGGCAGCUGUGCCGAGCAGCGCGGCCCGGCGCCCCGGGCGCCCUCAGAUCACCCCGCCCGAGGUGCAGCGCCCCGCUGCGACGGCAGGCAGCCUCGGGCAGCCCAGCCUCAGGCCCCCCGAGGUCUGUCUGUCACUUGAAGUGACCUGUAUAGGUAGGAAGCACUGGAAAUGGAGUGUUCUCAGAGCACUUUAACUCACUGGGUAAGAGGAACUAUACCUUCAGUUUCUAAAUACCAAUCACAUAGAACUUAUCUAGCUUGGGUACAAUGAAGUUUCUAGACAUAUACACCUAAAGCACAACAGGCCAAGAACUGGGUAAGCCUGGAUAGACUUAUUGCCAAAAACAACACCAAAUUUAAAUUUCAAAAGAAAUCUAAGUUAUAUGAGGAAAAGUAUCUAUUCAUUGUGUUGCCCAAGUCAUACUUAAGCACCACAGCUUUGUCCCCACGCGACGGGUGACAGGGCCUGACGGUGACUGCCAGGUCAGUGCUGGUGGUGGGUCCUGUGUGCACUGCCUCAGCAUUAAGGGGAUUUCACCCUACCGUUUUACUAAAACACUCUGAAAAAUCUUCCAAGCUUCAAUAUUAACUUUACUUGUCAACUUAACGACUUCAUGUACGUUACUAUUUUGUUGAAUUCCUACUGACAUUAUUACUGUAUGGGAGCUUAACUUUAUAAGGAAAUGUAUUUUGACACUGAUAUCUUAUUAAAGUAUUCUGAUCCUA